AUCAAUAUGAAUAUAAUAUAGGCGAUGGAGUUGAUAAUUCGAUAUUAUUCACUAAUGUCAGCCCGUGUGGACAAUGUGGCGGUUUGUGCUGGUAACCAAUGUUCUCGUGAUAGGAAGGGUUUCACUACAACCAAUCACAGCGGAGACUACUCAAGAUGGAAGACAGUCAAGACAAUUGGACAUCAGUGAUUGCUGUCCCUGCCCCGAAAAUGCUGAUUCAACCUCAAAAACCAGUUGGAGGCUUGAAAAAACUGCCGGAGACGGUUCUCUGAAAACGAAUCUCGAUGACGAAUGUCCAUGUCUACCUAGGGAUUCUGAAGGAUCGUCAUCUAUGAUCUUCCCAACUGCACUGCGGUCUGGAGCUGCCACCAGACUAAUGGAUCCCAAAGAAGACCCCAAGAAUCUGCUAGAGCCAGAAGUUGGUCUAGCUUCAUCUGUUCUCGAGACUCUGCGUCAAGCUACUGAAGAAGAAUACCAAGAUGCACUUGCUAGAGAUGCUGCGAGAGCCAAUGCUAAUGACGACGCUGUUCCAGAAGAAAGCGCACUGAAUACUGUAACCAUUAUACUACCGCAGAGAUCUGUAGACGACCGAGAUACCGAAGAGACACUAGAUUCUCAAAAUUCUCAAGAAUCUAAAUAUCUUGACCCACUUGGGAGUACAAUCAAAAAGCAAAUACAAUCGAAAACAUAUUCUGGUUUAAAUGAUAUUUUAAGAUUACCUCAAGUCGAACGCCUAACGUUCUUGCAAAAAAAGCUUUUGAAUGUGGGAAACGGUGUCAGCACUAGUAAAUUUUUGGAAAGAAAUGAAGAGACUACCAAUAAAGCACCCAUGCUAAAAUCUCCAUUAACAAACCAAGAACGAGAUCGCACUGAAUUUUUCGAGGAUCAAGGACAGUCUAUUAUUCAUCAAUCUGACGACAGUGAAGCAUUGAACAAGGAACAAUGUAAUUUUAGUACAAAAAUAAUUGAGUCGAUGAAAAUUAAAAAAGCUGAAGGCGUCGAAAAUGAUUUAGAUUUAGCAGCCAGUGACAUAAAUGCCAAUGUUGCGCGGAGUCAAGAUGAAUUCGAAUCAAUAGAGAUGACAAAAGCAACAGCGAAUAAAAACCCUUUAUUUCAUAAUUCAUUAAUAUUAAGAGAGCUUCCCAAGCGAAUUCAGUUAGUUGAUAAAAUGAAUGGUAAAAUGAAUUUAAAACAAAUUUCAGCUUCACAACAAGAUUAUAGAAAAUCAAUUCUUAGUGAUUUAACAAACAAUGGUUUGAAAUUCGAUAUCAAUAAACGGAAGUGGAUCGAUUUCAAAGAUACUGAAAAUGAAGAGGAAGAUACUGUUCAGAGCAGUAGGCAGAGGCAGGAAGAGGAAGUCGCUCAGCCUACUAAUGAGUAUAAAACAAUGGAUCUUUCUAAUGAGAGUGACACUAUGAAUGACACAGAGGGAAAACUAUUAAAUGACUCUUCAUUUGAGAAUUUAAACGAAGAGGCUCAAAAAUUUAUUAAUAGCAAUGAAAUUAGUUCAGAAAAUUUUAGCAGGUCCCAAAAUUCAGAAGAAAUAUUAAAUACGGAGUUAUUAAAUACACUAUUUCAAGUGGCUCCAAAUCGAGAUCAUUCUAAUUGGAAUAAAGGAACAAGGGUCAACGAUAGUCACACAACGAACAAACAUAAUACUAGUAACAUAUUUCACGAAGAAGAUAUAAAAGAUUCCAUCCAGAAUGAUAUGAUACCAGAAAAUACUGAAAUUAAAACAGUUGUUUUAGACAAAUUGUCGAAAACUGUUCCAAAAUAUAUAAACAGAAAUGAAAAAAAUGUUCACAGUGCAGACGAAAAGCCAGAAUUUUCUAACAAUAUUCCUUUGUUACAAGACAAAUUUAUAAAGAAUUCAUUAAUUAAUCAAAAUGUUUUGAGUGAUUCAACACAAGAAAACCCAGAACGUUCACUAUUAAGCAAUGUUAUUGAAGCUCAGAACACUUUUAAUGAAAAUUAUGAAUUACAAAAUAAAUCGGGGGUAUCGAAAAUUGACAAAAAUAAUGUUUCUCGUGAAAUGAGCAUGAAUGAUUUACAGGAUUUAUCCGACACACUUUUAAAAUUGAGUAUUGCUGGUGAGAACGGUGCUAAAGAUGAAAAUAAUCUUGUUUGUGAAAAAUGGAGUGAAGCGAGUAGAGCCAGCCUACCUAAGCCAAAUGACGCUACAAUAGUGGUUAACAAUCUACAGAGUGAUUUAAUUAACAAAGAUGAUUUACAGAAUGACGAAGGAGACACUUCUAUAAAAGAUAGUACAAAAGCUCGCGUCUCUAACCAGCCGGAAAAAGAAAAUCGUUCACGAAUUCUUAGUGUCGGGGCGGAUCCAGUUGAAAUGACAGCAGAAGGAAGUAAUCCCAUUAUGAGUAGUAUCCAACGUAAUCCGUUUGAUUAUCUACGAGAUAAUAAUUUCAAAUCAGCGCUUUCUGUGGAUAAAGUAGUACAACCUAACUUUGAUUUAUUUAGAUCAGAAACUGGGACUGGUUUAAUUCUACCAACGCUUGAUAAUAUAAAAGAAAAAGUGACACAGUUUUUCAGUCCACACGACAGAGAAUCCGAAAAGGAACAAAUAGAUUGCGUUAGAGAAAGUCAAAUGAUAACAGCAGAAGAGAGUUCGCCUAUGUCACGAUCGAGGUCACCUUUGGCUCCACUUGAAGACGUUAAUCUAGAUAUAUUCCAGUUAAAACCUCUAACAUUACCUAAUUAUUUUCCGAAAAAUAUACCGAGAGUUGAUUUAAAAACUUACAGAGCCAAAUUGCCUAUUCCUAAAAAUCUAGGUAUGAAGCCUUUGAUAUUCGAAUCGAGUCUAGGCAACAGAGAAGGUCUCAUUGGGACUGCUUUCUCUGUCGGUCCGCAAUCAAAAUCUAGGUUCCAUGAAAUUUAUGCUACCCCGAUGCCAAAUUUACCUGGUUUACAAGAAAUUAGAGAAAAUCUGAAAUUGCACACAACCAAUUUAUUACAAAAUCCAAUAAAUUUCAAUAGAGGAUCAAUAUUUGAACCAGAUAUUUUGAGUAUAACUGAUAAUUUACGACAACGUGCAGAAGAUACUCUUGCGGAUAUGAAAGAAAAAAUUGAGAGCUCCUUAUAUGGUGUUAAUUCUAUGGACGUUUUCGGGGAUUCGUUAAGAUCACAUGAUAUAUUGGAGAAGUUAACGGGAACUAGGGAUGAUUUUAGUGAAAAGUUAAAAGGCAUUCAAUACGACCUUAAUGAUCGCCUUACUUCAUUCCAGGAACAGCUUCUAGAUAAGACAAGGCUUAUGUCGAAAAGUAAACUUUUAUUUAAGGAUAAGCAAAGUGGAAAUUUACGCAGCUCACCUCAUUCGUUGAAUGUUAAUUCUAAGGUCAAGAAAGUAUCUCGUCUUAAUGAUGAUAAAAGCACCAAAUUAGGAGCAUCACGUCUGAAUCACGUAGAUAGUGGCAAAAUGAAAAAAUUUAGAAUGCCAACAGCGGCUAGCGUUCCUAUACCUUAUAGUAUCCAAGUUCCUGAAUUAAAGAUGGCAUAUAUUGACCCACCAGUGAAUUCUCCGGACCGACAACAAAAUUUCAGUAGAUUAUCUGAUCUUCUUUCUAGAAGCGCAGCUUUAAGGGAUUCCACACAAAAUACGAAAAUAAAAAAAAUAGGAGCUAAGAAAGAAAACAAGUUUAAAGUAUCAUUUACACCUCUAUCUAAUGAGAAUUCAGAUAAUAGAAAAUCUUUAGGCUCCGUUACUGAUACUAAUGAGUCGCUAAGUGCACUAGUGCCUUUAAAAGUACGAGAUUCUGAAAUUAAUUCUAAAUUGAAAUCAAUGGAAUAUGAAGAAGAUCUAAAAGAACUAACGCGUGGCGAUGAAGAUAAAUUAAAAUUCCAGCACAAAUUCCCCUAUUUUUCUAAAGCUCAAAGUAUUGAAAGCGACAAAGGUAGUUCAUUAAGCCGUAAUUCACUAAGCUCAUCGAACUAUAAAGCAAACAAACUGUUAACUUCAACUUCGUGGCCAAAUACUGAAGAAUAUUCAUUCUUAUCAAAAGUUAGAAACAAUAUAAAAGAAAAGUUGUCCAAAUUAGAUUCCUCCUUAAAAAUAAACCGAAAUAAGCCUUUUAACGACCACACAAUAUAUGAAUCUUAUGAACAAAUGGUCAACGACGAAGCGAGCGAAAAUACUAACGUUGCAUCUCAGUCAUUUGGAAUAAAAAGUCCAAUAAGCUUUAGGAGUCAACGUAUAAAAGACAACGACGAAAAAGUCAUGGAUGCAGAUGAAUCUCCCAGUCAAGUGGCACCUAUUAGAUCUCAAUACCCCAACACAUGUAUGGAACAGAAAAUUGUAGCUAUCUCCGAUGAUUCUGAUUCUUUAAGACAAGCUCAAGAAGGUAAUGAAACUAUAGUCAAACCUAAAUUACCAAAAAUUAAGUAUCCAAUAAAAACAAGUGGUCGAGUAAUGGGGCUUGAAAAUAGAGAAAUAGAACCAAGUGAAUCUCUGAGUGAUAAUAAGCCAUUAAGGUCUCGAGCGAAACAACUUCUUGUGACUAUGAACUCACCAGUAUUUAGGCAGGAACUCAAUUCUGAAGAUACAGAAGAAAUUCCUACUACGACAGUGCAAACUACCCGGCCUAAAAUUAAGUAUCCGUUGAAAACUAGAAGUCGAGUUCAAGCUACUCAUGAAUCAGAAUCAAACGAAUCUUCGCUAAAAACACGAAAGCAUAAUAUGCCUGAUAAACUAGAAGUAUCAUUUUUCAGACAAAAUCCGGAUUCUGAACAAAUGGACGAUCGUAUUACUACUACAGCAAAACCAUCCUUACCUAAAAUAAAAUAUCCUUUGAAAACGAAGGGCCGAGCCCAUGAUAGUGAAGGAACAGAAACAGAUGGGUCUCCCCUACAAUCUCAAGUACCAGAAAUAUAUACCAGAUUAAAAGUCCCAGUUUUCAGAGACGAACACAAUUCUGAAGAAAUAGAGGAAUGUCCCACUACGACAGCUAGGCCACCCUUACCUAAAAUUAAAUAUCCUUUAAAAAACAAGGGCCGAAUACAUGAUAUUGAAGGAAUCGAAACAAAUGGGUCUCCGCUAGAAUCUCGAGUGCUAAAAUUGUAUACUAGGUUAAAAUCACCAGUUUUCAGAGAAGAACCUGAUUCUGAACAAAUAGACGAUCCUACUACUACCACAGCAAAACCACAGUUACCUAAAAUUAAGUAUCCUAUAAAAACAAAAGCUCGAGUCCAAGAUAUUGAAGGAACAGAAGCAGACGGGUCUCUACUAGAAUCCCGAGGGCCAGAAAUGUAUACAAGGUUAAGAGUACCAGUUUUCAGAGACGAAAAUAAUUCAGAAGAUAUAGAGGAAUGUGCCACGACGGCUAUGCCACAACUACCUAAGAUAAAAUACCCGAUGAAAACGAAGGGCCGACUUCAAAAUAUUGAAGAUAUGGAUCCUUAUGUAUCCCCAAGUAAAAUAGUUUCUUUAAAAGCUCCAGCGAAAGAACCAUGCACAGAAAUUAAACGACCGGUAUUUAGACACGAAGAUAGUACAGAAGAAACAAAAGACAUACCCACUACUACAGCAAAACCUAGGUUUCCUAAAAUAAAGUAUCCUUUAAAAACUAGGAGUGGUAUUCAAAAUACUGAAGACACAGAAAUUAACAGAAAUCCAUUAAAUCAUCGAAUUAAAGAAUUAUAUAAUAGACUUAAAGCACCAGUUUGGAGGGAUGACCACGGUUCUGAAGAAAUAACCGAAAGUGCUAUAACGACAGUAAAACCACAAGUGCCCAAAAUUAAAUAUCCACUGAAAACUAAGAGUCGAGUUCAAGAAAUUGAACAAAUAGAUCCAAACGGAUCUUUAACUAUAUCUGUACCUUUAAAAACGCGAGUGGAAGACCUGUACAAUAGACUAAAAAUCCCAGUUUUCAGAGAUAAACAGAAUUCCGAAAGACAGAGCGAAUUACAAAGAGAAACUGAAGAAACUGUCACUACCACAGCAAAGCCACAUGUGCCUAAAAUUAAAUAUCCUUUAAAAACUAAAGGUCGGCAUCAAAAUUUAGAAGAUAGAGAAUCAAAUGGUAAUAUUCCUAUAAGAGGGACGAGUGUUGUAUUGAGAGAAGAAGAGGAGAAUCCAAAGAAACAACAGUGCUAUACGCAAGCUACGACAGUGAAACCAAUACAAGUAAUAAAUCACAUUAAAUAUCCCUUAUGGAAUAUAAAACCAAGUUCCGCAGAAAAUGACGAUACACAUACAGAUCCGCAAGAUUCUGUUAGAUCUUCCGAUAAGGAUGAGUCGAUUAAGCAACGUCUGUCAAAGACAUGGCCGAAACCAGCUGAUAGUUCAUUUUUAACUAAAGUCAGGGAAGCUGUAAAAGAAAGAUUAUCUAAACUCGAUCCGACUAAAAUAUUAGAUGAAAAUGUCUACAAUAAACCCAAGGCUAGAAGCUUUGACAUGGAACGAUCGCCAACUGAAAAUCAUGCCAUAAUUUUCAAAAGUGCCGAAGAAUUACCUAGCACUAGACCUACUACGAAGAUGCCUAAAAUUAAAUAUCCCAUACAAGGAAGGCUUCAAAAUUUGCAGCAUGAUGAUUUUUCACCCUCAGAUUCUCUGCAAUAUUCAGGAAUGGAUUUAACGCGGAAAAAGAUUCCUUCACUAACGUGGCCCACGAAAACGGAAGAAAAUUCUCUUUUGACAAAAUUACGGGACGCUGUGAAAGAGAGGCUCUCUAAAUUCGAUCCUUCUCAUCUUUCAGAAAACCUUCCAGCUAAACUGGACCCUGAGAAUGAAAUGGAGAGAUCCGGUUCAGAGAAUGUGGGUAUUAUCGCACCAGAUGCGCUGAAAGAGAAUGUUUCAUACAAAUGUCGAAUGGUGUGUACUAAAGAAAAUUAGUCUUGAAUAUACGGUACAUUGUCAUAUUGUAUUUUUUUUUAAAUAAUCACAAUGAUUUUGGAACGAAAAAUUUCAAUACAUUUCAUUCGAUAGGAUUUCAAAGUUGUCAACCUAAAGAUUUUGAAUAAAUAAGCGGAUAAUGUGAAAUUCAACUGAUUGUAACUAAAGACUGUUAGUAUAUAUUACUUGAUUAUUUGAUAGGAUAACAACGAAAAAGAUAUCUUGUAGCACUGUAAUAGUGUAAGGAAGAUCAGUGGACUUUAAUUUAAUAAAUUAGUUCGUAAGAUAAUGUUAAAAUCACAAAUAUUUUGUAUAUUAAAUCUAUGGAUUAAAA